AUGGCAACCUUCACCGGCAAAAACAUCGUGGUCACGGGGUCCGCCUCGGGCAUCGGGCUCGCCAUCACGCUGGCGCUGGCGUCACGCGGCGCGACGGUGUGGACGGUCGAUCUCUCCACGACUCCGCCGGACGAGCUUCGUCCGCUGAUCGAGAAGGGCAGCGUGCACUUCGAGGGCGGCGUCGACGUGGGCGACCGGGCCACGUGCCGGGCGUACAUGGCGAAAGUGGUCGCGACGGCGGGCCGACUCGACGGGCUGGUCAACAACGCCGGCAUCGGGCUGGAGGAGGGCCCCAUCGCGUCCGACGAGGCCUACGACCGCAUGAUCUACGUCAACAUCGGCGGCGUGUGGAACUACGGCACCGCCGCCCUGCGCGCCAUGCAAAGCCAGGAGCCCCAGGGCCCGUGGGCCUCGCGGGGCAACAUCGUCAACAUCGCCAGCGGCGCGGGUCUGCGCGGCGUCAGCGGCCUGGCCGUGUACUGUGCGACGAAACACGCGGUGAUUGGACUGUCGAGGGCGUGGCAGGAGGAUUUUGGCAAGUUCGGCAUUCGGACGAACUCUGUUGCACCGGGUGCGACGGCGACGGCAGCGUUUGUCAAGCGCGCCGAGGAGGAGAAGGGCUUCCUCGAGACGCUGCCGAGCAAUCCGCUGAGGAGAGUCGCCCAGCCGUCGGAGAUCGCGUCGGCAGUCGCGUUCCUGCUCUCGGACGAAGCCAGCUACGUUGCAGGUGAAGUGCUCUCGGUGACAGGGGGCCACGCAUGA